AUGGGGCACGGACGACGCGGACGCGGACGAGACCGCGUCGACGUCUUCGUCGUCCUCGCGCUCGGUCUCGCGUCGACGUGGACGACGUGUGAGGGACAAACGAGAUGGCAGAAAGUACACUCGUGGGGGGAGAAUAGGAACGGUGAGAACGGACGAGGAGAGGUCGCGUUCAAAGGAUCGUGCGCGUCCGGGGAGAUCGUGGAAUUGGGGUGGGAUUUAGGAGAUUACAUCAAAGGCGUGGCGAGCGGGUUGAACCACGCCGUGGCGUACACCGAGGGCGGAGCGGCGUACGCGUGGGGUAGGAAUAGGUGCGGUGAACUGGGAACGGGGACGUUCGACUCGGUGACAACACCGGUGCGGAUCUUGAACGACGUCAACGUCGUGGACGUCGCAGUGGGGGCAGAACACACGCUCGCGCUCGCGAGCGACGGGCGUCUGUACGCGUUCGGGUGCAACGCCAGAGGGGCGCUCGGGAUCGGGAGCGGCGAUUUAGGUCGAUUCUCCACGCCGCAGGCGGUGACUUCGCCGGAGACGUUCGUCGCGAUCGCGGCUGCGGGGGCACACAGCGUGGGAUUGACCGCGGGUGGGGGCGUGUACACGUGGGGGGCGAACAACCAAGGACAGCUCGGUCACGGUGGAUGCAUUUUCCCGGGCGGUCCGGGGAACGAUCCGUGUCUAAAUGACUUGCACACGCCGACAAAGGUGCGGAUAACGAGCACGGGUGAGGUUUUGCCGCCUGUUAAAUUAAUAACGGCGGGGGGAGGUGAGGUCGCGGGCGAUGAACACGGUACAAAGGGCGGACACACCGUCGUCGUGACCACAUCGGACGUCGUCUUCGCGUGGGGAGAUAAUUCGGCGGGACAACUCGGUAUAAGGCAGGUGUACGCGAACGCAUCGGACGCGACGUACGGAAACAACACUCUUAGCUACACGCACAACAAGUACGACAGCACGACGGGAUUGUACUACAACCGUCACGAAUUACCGACGGCGAUCGAGCCGCACGCCAUCGUCGUCGCGGCGGGUACGGAGAUAGAAAUUAGCAAGCGGGGUCUCCCAGCCAUCAAGCAGAUCGCGGCGGGAAACGCGCAUACCGUCAUGCUCCUCGUGACGGGCGAAUUAUUUACUUGGGGAGACAACUAUUACGGCCAGCUCGGGCUCGGAUACGCCUCGCGUGAUAACACGCCGCAAAAGUUCUACAUCUCGCGGAAUUAUCGCGAGCCACAGAUGAUCGACGCGCCGAAACGGAUCACGAAAUUCGACUACGCGAGCAACGAGACGGAUCCGAUUACUUCACAAUUAAUUAACAUAACCGUCACGGGGAGAAUCAAGGAGGAGAACGACACGAUGUUUACGAAGAUAUCUGCGGGAGGUGACGUGUCUUUGGCGCUCACAGCGAACGAAAAAAUUUUCGUCUGGGGCAAUAACGCGGACGGGCAGCUCGGCACGUGCGGGUGCGGAUCAUGCGCCCUGUACGGUGCAGCAGAUGUUCAAAAGGCGUGCACGAAAGAAACUGUAAAUAGCUCAUGUCCUUGCAGUUGCGGCGGUCUGGGAACAUGUGUGUACGAGGCAGCGUCUGCCUCAAACAACUUCAAGGCGAAAAACGAAGGCAAGUGUGUCGAUUUCGAUGGUACGCCCGCGUGCGAUUGCUCAUCGAAUGCAGUCGAACGGACGUACUUGAAUGACCAAGGGAAAGAAGAGAUACGGUACGGGGUGCAAGGGACGAUUGAACUCAUGGACGAACCCAUAUUGUCGAGCUUACUGUUUGAGAAGUCGUUCACAAAGGUGAAGUACGCAAGCGCGGGCGGCGGCUCAAUUUACGCCGUCACGGAGUCUGUGUGCAAGGAUGACGUGAAUGGUGUCGUGUGCUCCGGGCGGGGUAAAUGUUUGCCCGACGGUUCGUGUCAAUGCGAUGAGGGCGCGGGUGGUGUGACGUGCGAAAACGUAUGUCCCAAAGCCACUCAGGACGACGCGGACGCGCUCAGAAACAACGGCCUCGAAGAGGACGUCACCAACGCGGUCUGCUCCAACCACGGCACUUGCAACGCCGUCACCGCCGCGUGCGAAUGCGACGAGCAAUUCUUCGGCCCGAAGUGCUCGUACAUAUGUGCUCGGAAUAGUAACGGCGACGUGUGCUCUGGAAACGGAACGUGCGUCUUCGACGCAGCCGUCUCGCAGUAUCCGUACUGCGAGUGCGAUCGAUUCCAGGACCAAGGCGCGUGUCAGGCGAGAGGUUUACAAAUGUACCCCGAGGGCUGGUGUUCGUUUCACGGCGGUGAAGAAUUCGGCGGGUUCGCCAGUUGCUACGCCACCGGCGCGUGCGGAAACUGCGACUCGCCCGCCGGCGCGGUCUCCGUCGUCCUCUCCCUCCUCAUCGUCUUCGUCGUCACCGCGCUCGCCACUUCGCCUUGA